AUGGCAAGCAAGGCCCUCAAGAGAAGUUCCGACAGGAACACCAAGAAUGCGGCCAAAGCGAACGAUGACAAGCGCCAGGUGGUCAUCCAAGGCUUCGACAAGAAGGUUGGCCUCGGGAAGCGCAUCGCGGAGGAGCUAGAGCUGGGCAUGCUCCGGGCUGCCUGCCCGGCAGGUGAGCCCUUGGUCGAGGGCAGCGAGAACUACAAGGCGUACAAAUUCCAGUACAAGCGGCUCUGCACGCAUUUGCGCCGCAAUGCGGCUUUGUCGGACCGCCUGCGCAGUGGGGACCUCUUGCCGCAAUCGAUGGCCUCCAUGGCCGACGAGGCCUUGAUGGCAGACGACCAGAAAACCGAGAGGCAGCAGUUUCGGCAGGAGAGCCUCCAGGAAGCGAUGGGAAUCACCGCGGAAGAUUCCGCGCACUGGACACCCUCGGACCAGUUCACCUGCCCGCGGUGUGAAAACACCAAGUGUGUAUAUAUCCAGUCUUUCAAAGGCUACCACAGCCACGACGACAACAACCAGGAGCCUGUCAUCACCAUUCGCUGCACCAGCUGCAAGUUCCUGUGGAAAGAGGACGAGGUGGAAGGUGGCCGAAUGGCCGCUGGGAGCUUCGUGCAAAGCUUUGAGGAAGAGACCAGGAGUGCAGCUCCAUCGAUUUGGGCUGAAGAUGACAAGCUUAAAGAGUCCUGGCUCCUGCCUGCUUCCUCGUCCUAG